AUGCAAAACACGAAAAAUACAAAUAAAUGGGUGAAUUUGAUUGAAGAAACUAUUUCUAAAGAAAAUUAUAGAUUUUAUGAACAAAAACAUUUUAGUAAUAUUCAAAAAGUUGGAACUGGAGGAUUCGGAAAAGUUUAUCGUGCGAGUUGGAAAAAUUCUCAAUAUUUUGCGUUGAAAUCUUUUUUCAAUCUUGAUGACGUCAUUGCAAAAGAAAUUGUUCAUGAGCUUAAACUUCAACGUGAUAUACAAUUUCAAAAUAACAUCAUUAAAUUCUAUGGGAUUGCAAAAUUUGAUCCAGAAAAUCAAAAUUCUCAGUCAAAUAAUUUUCUGCUAGUGAUGGAGUAUGCUGAUUCUGGUCCUCUUAAAGAUUAUUUAAAGGAAAACUUCAAUAAUCUUACAUGGAAUGAUAAAUAUAACUUUGUAUACCAACUAGCCUUUGCCGUGUCAUGCUUACAUAAUGAAGGAAUAGUGCAUUGUGAUUUGCACUCGGGCAAUGUAUUGGUCCAUCGAAACAUUAUCAAGUUAUCUGACUUUGGGUUAUCAAAGAGAAUUGAAUCAUCAUCUAACAUACAAUCAAAACUUUUUGGAAUAAUUCCUUACGUUGAUCCAAAAAGAUUUAGUGGACAAAGUAAAAAUAAAAACUCAACUCAAGUAUUUUCGUUAAAUGAAAAAAGUGAUAUCUAUAGUAUUGGUGUAUUAUUCUGGGAGAUAUCUAGUGGUCAACCUCCCUUUUAUUCUAAAGGCGAACAAUAUCAUGAUAUUGAUUUGGCUUUAGAAAUUUCACAGGGUCUUAGAGAAGAACCCGUUCCCGAUACACCUGAAGAUUUGGUUGAAAUUUAUACCGAAUGUUGGAAUGGCGAACCAGAUAAACGUCCAAAUAUAAAUCAAGUGGUAGAAAGAUUAAAAGAAAUUAUGACAAAAACAAACAUAAUAACAGAAAAUUAUCAAACAGAAUUAAGUCUUUAUACAACAACAACAGAAGUACAAAAUCUUAAUCCAACUAAUAUUGAUAUUUUGUCGAAUAUUGAUAAUUCAUUACAUGGGGAAGUAUCUCAAAUUAUACAAAAUUUUGAUAAAAUGAACACAAGAGAAAUAGUGCCUACAUCAUUAACAAAAGAAAAUUUUAAUAGAAUAGUUAAUGAUACAGUAAAUUACAUUUUCAGAAUAAUUAAUGAAGGAAGAGAAUCAACGCUUACCAAAAAUAAUAAAUAUAUUCUUGAUUAUUUUGAUAAUAAUAUAAAUUCGCAAGAAAUUUAUUAUUUACUAUUAACCAAUCAAGAUAAUUUAGAUUCUAAAUUCUUACUUGGAUAUUUUAAUUAUUUAGGGAUUGAAACUAUUGAAGAUAAUAAGAAAGCAUUUGAUUUAUUUAUUGAUGCAUCAGAGCAAGGUCAUAUAUUAGCACAAUUUUACGUUGGAUUAUGUUAUCAAUUAGGAUAUGGAACUGUAAAAGAUGAAAAAUUAGCUUUUAAAUAUUACGAAAAAAUAGCUAAUAUGAAUUAUGCACCAGGAUUAUUGAAAAUUGGUUAUUUCUAUUGUAAAGGUAUUGGGACUAGUAUUAAUUAUCAAAAAGCACUUGAGUUAUAUCAACAGGCGGCAAAUCUAGGAAAUAUGAUGGCUCAAAACAAUCUUGGCAAUAUGUAUUAUAAUGGUGCAAGUGUUGAAAAAGAUUAUUAUAAAGCUAUUGAAUUAUAUCAACAAUCGGCAAAAUUAGGUAAUAGUGUGGCUCAAUAUAAUCUUGCUAAUAUG